AUGUCGGCUAUCGAGAGGUCUAAAACUUUACGCGUCGCGAGGAUGGAGCCGCAUCUUCAGUUCAUGUGUGGGCCGUUGUUAAGGUAUGACAGCGUCGACGAACAUGGGAUAUGGCAUGGCGCUGCUUUGAUCGUCACGGCGGAUUCUGGUUCAAUAUAUGAGCCUCACCCAACCCUCUCAUACGAUAACCAACCAACCCCGCCUUCUUUCAAUCUUGGACCCCACCCAGCAGACCCACAUUCCACCGUUCUCCCGACAUCCCCGAUGGCUUCCCAAUUUUCCACUUCAUCCGCUUUUGGAAAUGGUGAGACUUUUACGUUCUGGCGCUUUCUUAUUAAGAUUCCGCUGGGGGAACAUGAAAUGGCAGUAUCCUACUCAGUAAAUAAGGGACAGCAAUUGGAAUUUUUUGUUCCAGGCAGAAAUCAGAAUAUGCGUUGGGCUGCUCACUCCUGCAACGGUUUCUCUGCGGGCGUGAACCCAGACGACUUCCGCGGACCGGGUUUCUUGUCGGGAUACGAUCCCGUGUGGGUGGAUCUCCUCACAAAGCAUGCAGAGCAGCCAUUCCAUGUAUUGGUUGGUGGCGGGGAUCAGCUGUACUGCGAUGUUAUGAUGCGUGAACCUGAAAUGCAAGAAUGGGUUUCAGGGAUGAAGCCAGAGGAGAAAAAGCGUUGUAAACUGACGGAUGAAAUGUCAACUGCGCUUGAUCGUUUCUUCUUCAAUCACUAUUGCCAUGCUUUUAGAAGUGGAGCAUUUGCUAGAGCUAAUUGUUCAAUACCAAUGGUGAAUAUGUGUGAUGAUCAUGGUGCGUUAAUUGACGGCUUCGGAAGUUAUCCGGAUGAUUUACAGCUCUCUCCUGUCUUUCGCACCAUAGGCACAAAAGGAUAUUUCUUCUUCCUUUUGUUCCAGUGCUUCAUAAACGUCGACGUUGACGGCAUCCAGGACAAACCUGACCAACAUGUUUAUAAAUCCUUGAUCAUCGGUAAUCCGGGGCCCUUUAUUUCAUUCCGCUCGCAUUCGUUCUUGACAUACAUGGGACCACAACAAGCUCUUCUGUUGUUGGAUUGUCGAGCUGAGCGGAAAAAGGACCAGGUUUGUAGCCCAGCGCAGUAUGAAAAGGUUUUCCAGAAGAUACGGGCGCUUCCGCCGAGUGUGGAACACCUAGUCGUGCAACUAGGUAUCCCCAUCGCCUACCCACGCAUGGUAUUUUUGGAGACGGCGCUCGAAUCCAAAUUUAACCCUCUCGUUGCUCUUGGUCGGACUGGGUCCUUGGGUCUCUCGGGAUUUGUCAAUAAGUUCAAUGAUGAAGCUGAGUUGCUGGAUGACCUUAACGACCAUUGGACGGCACGGCAUCAUAAAAAAGAACGCAAUUGGUUCAUUGAGCAACUGCAAAUAUUCGCUCGUACGAGACGGAUACGAGUCACAUUUAUCUCUGGGGACGUGCAUUGUGCUGCUGUGGGUGUCUUAAAGUCGCUCAAACAAAAAAAUAAGGCGGAGAUACCGCCUCUGAACGACCAUCGAUAUAUGCUGAACGUUGUUAGCAGCGCGAUUGUAAACACUCCCCCACCCAACGGCGUUAUAACCAUGGUCUCGUCCCUGGCCACCAAGGUACACAAGACCUUGCACAGCAUUGAAACUGACGAGACAAUGCUCCCACUGUUUGACAGAGAAACCAACGGGCAACCGCGAAAGCAGAAAUUCGUCAUGGGGAGAAGGAACUGGUGUGCGGUGGAUCGCGAUGAGAGGACGGGAGAGCUCGUCUUUGACAUUCGCGUAGAAACAGAGAAGGGAUAUGGGGUGACUGUCGGGUACCCUGUACGGGCGCCUCCACCAGGUUGGAACCGAGGAUGA